AUGUCGUGGAAAGGGCUCAUUUCAAAGAAUUUAAAAGAGCUAAGAAUUCAUUUCUGCCAGAAAUCAAACACUAGCGACGGUGUUAGGGAAUUUCUUAAAGAAUCAUAUCCAGAGUUGAAAAGGCAGAACCCGCAUUUCCCUUUCCUUGUAAGAGAAGCUGCUGGAGUAGAAGCACGUUUUUUUGCUCGUUACGAUUAUGGAAUAGAGAAGAAAGCAGUUCUUGAUAAUUUAUCGGCAAAGGAUGUAGAAGCUGAACUGGAAAAAUUGGUCAAAGAAACGUCUUAA